AUGGAUCGCAGUCUUGACGAAAUCCUUGCCGCUCGUGACGACGUACGCCUCUUCCCCAGCUGCUUCUGCGGUACGUCCUCUCCACCUCGAGGCAACUUGCUAACCUGGAUCCGCAACAACAGCGAAAGGGCGGCAGACCUCGCGGCCGUGGUGGUCACGGAGGCCAACGGCGACGAGAACCCCGCGAAGACUUCCCUCGUGAUGGCGUCAGAAAGGUGCCCUACCUCCUCCCCCUUCUCUGAACUGCGCCUGCCCACCUGUCCAACACCUCCCAUUCGGUCUUCGAUUGCCGUUGUAGCUGCCUUGGCCAUGCGCGAUGCUAUCGCUCGGUCCUACCGCGACGAUGCGCCCAGAAACCUCGACUCUGAAUGGGUCCACGAUAGAUUCGAAGACAAUGGACGCAGACCACGCCAGUCACGAAGGGGUCCAGAACGGGACGAGCCCGAGGAUCUGUCUGAGCUGAAUGGUACCAAGAUCCGCGUCGAGAAUGUCCACUACGAACUCAGCCGGGAGGACUUGGUGGGACUAUUCAACCAAAUUGGGCCAGUUCAGAAACUUGACGUCGGCUACGACCGCGCCGGCCGCUCUACGGGAGUGGCGUACGUCACAUACGACUCAUACCACGAUGCUCGGGAGGCUAUCCGGGAGUUUGACGGUGCUAAUGCCCACGGCCAACCGAUUCGGCUGUCUAUUGUUCCUCCCCGACGUCAGCGCAACCCCUUCGACACCGCUGUUAUGCCAGGCCGACCCCUAGCCGAGCGCGUUACUGUCCCGCCCGGGCGGAACCGCUCGCUGUCGCCGGACAGAGACCUGGAAGAUGAGGCUGCCCGUAAAGGUAUCGAUCGUUACGUACCUGGUGGACGGAGCAACCGCUCUCGCAGUCCAAUUCGUGGCCGGAGACGCGAGGGUGGGCGCCGUCCCGGCGCCCGCCGCGGAGGUGGGGUUGCAAGGGACGGCGGAGAACGUGCAGGCAGAGAUGGACGUCCGAAGAAAACCCAGGAAGAGCUGGACGCCGAGAUGGAGGAUUACUUCGGCGGUGGUGGAGGGGACGCCCAGCCAGCGAGCAAUAGCAACGGCCAAGCUGCGGCGGUCCAGCCCGCAGAAGACGAUAUCGACAUGAUCGAGUGA